AUGAUUGCAAACAAUGUCAAGCAACACCGUCUCACCACCUCCAUCAUUGAUUGCUCCGACUACCGAUUUGCCCUCCUGAACAGCAGUCUCGACUCUCAGGUUCAGUAUUUGUACGACUACAAAGCUCUUCCCUAUCUCAUCAUCGAGACAUAUAUUAAAGAGCUUCUCAACGACAUAGGAAGAGCCAAAAGAGCAGAAUUCUCAGUUGUUCCACCUCCGACCAUCUUCGAGCGAUUUGAACACCACAUCGUCCUCCAGCAUCGAUGUCUCGCCUACAUACCUUUUCUCUGCUGGCUCAGCGACUUCGACAUCUUGGUUGAGACCUUGUACGCCUGCGAGUCAUGCCUCCGUUCAUGCCUUAUACAUUGUGCCUCCAUCCUUCAAGCGACUCUAAUAUACGCAAAUGAGGAGCUCAGCCAUCUCAACCAGUUUCUGCACUUUGAAUUGUCUUUUCAAAACAACGUCAAGUUGUCUGCUCAAGCUGCACCACGAGAUUCUUGUUGCGACCACUGCACUCAAAUCAAGCACAUGGCGUAUAUUGCCUUCAGCCUCAUACCUCUCACCAUCAUCGUCACACUGCUUGGUGUUUACUUGCCUUCUAUAUGGAAGAUGAAAUGGAUAGUUUGUCUGAUCCUGCUGGCGUUUGGUCUGCAUCUGAUCUUACGACAUUACAUACGCAUAACCCUUAGUGCGAUGCGACAAAUAUUGUUGGGGUACAUCACCGAGACGAGAAGGACCGCCGGGAUUGCACUGACACAUAUCGCAAGGCUUCUAACGCCUGUGCAGACGGAUGGUGGAUGAUGUCUUUUGUAGCCAAUGAGCCAUCAGCGAAUGUUUAAGUAGCAGACUCGAGUAUAUCCGC